UAAUCAAAGUUAAUAAUGAGUGAUAAACAAAUAAAACAUUUGAUUAAGAAGCGAGCCAUAAUUAAGGGAAAGCUUACUGGCUUUAGUAGUUAUUUGAAAUCGCUUGCAAAUAGCAAACAAACUGAUGAAUUACAAACACAAAUAGAACUUCAAUUGCGUUUGGAUAGAAUUGAGAGCUUAUACGAUGAUUUCGAUGCUUUUCAGAGUGAGCUGGAUGAGUUGUCGGAUAUGCCUGAGGACGAGGCAAGAGAGCGUGAGGCCUUCUAUUCCCAGUACUACUCUCUCGUGUCUGCCGGUCGUGCCUUGAUCCAGAGUCAUAGCAACAAUGACUAUCUGUCUAAAACAUUCAACAGAAUCCAAGUACUCAAGCAACACUUUUGGAAUCGAUUUUCUAAUGAAUAUGUCACUUUACUUCAGCAGAAAACAAAGUGGAUGCAAUCGCAGGAGACGUUGAAGGAGGGUGCCUUGGUUGUGAUAAAGGACAAGUCCAGUCAACCAAUCAUGUGGUUGCUGGGGCGAAUUCUUCGAGUGCUUCCGGGUGAAAAUGGAGUUGCAAGGGUGGCAGACAUUCGCACCAGGAAGGGCGUAAUCAGACGGGCCUUCAAUAUGAUUUGUCCCCUGCCGACUGUAAAUAUUGAAGAAGACUCUUCGACGCGGGAAGUAUGUAUGAGUACGUGCGCGCCUGAUGAUCGCGUAGGGCGCGGGCGACGCGAAGGGGCGGGGAGUGCCGGCGACGAUGCGAGCGCAGCGCCGACGUAUUAAAAUUGUCAUCCGCGACGCCGAGCCGUCAACAUUAAUAUUCUUUUAUUCGCGACGCCAAGCCGUCCAUAGUUUUAUAUAUUUUUAUAUGUUAAACAACAAUAUACGAUACAAAAAAAAUACAGUCCACUUUCAUUAACCAGCAUCGGGUACCAGUUUUCCCUAACCAUUACGG